AUGAGGCGGCCACGCGCGGCCCUGCUCCUCUGCCUGCAGCUCCUCGCGAUCGGGGCAGAGAGCUCCUCCUCCCGGGAAGCUCCGGCGUCGUACGCCGCCGCCAGCCGCCAGGGCCACCCGCCGGCGUACGCGCGCAACGCGACGGUGUACGGCGUCUCGGCGGCGCUGUGCCCGGGGUGCGCCGCGUGGGCGGAGUCCCUGGAGUUCCUCUACUACCACAACCUGGUGCGGCUGGCGCGGUGGGAGCUGCCGCUGGCGUGGUCGCCGCGGAUGGAGUCGUACGCGCGGUGGUGGGCGGCGCAGCGCCGCGGGGACUGCGCGCUGCGGCACUCGUUCCCGGAGGGCCAGUUCGCGCUCGGGGAGAACAUCUUCUGGGGCGGCGCCGGCGGGGUAUGGCGCCCCGGGGACGCCGUGCAGGACUGGGCCGCAGAGGGAGUGGACUACUCGUACGCCGCCAACGCGUGCUCGCCGGGGCGGGAGUGCGGCCACUACACGCAGAUCGUGUGGCGGGACACCACCUCCGUCGGGUGCGCCAGGGUGGUGUGCGACGACGGCGGCGUGUUCAUGACCUGCAACUACUACCCGCCCGGCAACGUCGUCGGCCAGAGGCCCUACUGAUUACAUAGUAGAAGCUACUACUACUAGGCUCAGGAAUCAUCAUCUGUGCAGUUGGGCUCGUGACCAGGCGUCAGAGUCGGACUCGUGUGUAAAUAAAUAUUCAGGCUUCGUUGGGUGAAAUGAUGCAGAUCAGUGAAGUGCUAUACUGCUUCACUAGAAUUUGUCUCC